AUGUGCAGAACUACCAACAGCAACAGCACGAGCAGCAGCACCACCACCAGAGCACCAGUAGCAGCAGCACCAUCACUACCAGAGCACCAGUUGCAGCAGCAUCAGCACUCGCAGCAGCCGCACCGCCACCGCACCAACACGAAUAGCAGCAGCCCCAACAGCAGCAGCACCAAAACCAGCAGUAGCACCAGCAUCAGUAAUACAAUACCAGCACUAGCAGCACCAACAAGCAGCACCACCUCCAGCAACAGCACGAACAGCAACAGCAGCAGCACAAACAGCAGCACCAGCAGCAGAACCAACAGAACGAGCAGCAGCAUCAGCUGCAGCGCCACCAGCACCGCACCAACACCAAUAGCAGCAGCAACAGCCCCAACAGCAGCAGCACCAAAAGCAGCAGUAGCACCAGCAUCAGUAAUACAAUACCAUCACCAGCAGCACCAACAGAAGUAG